CUACACCAAUCAGAUCACACACGUCGAGAUAGUAGCCAUGAAUGGUCGCCCAAUGCACCACGUCGAUCGCAAAGACCUCUACAUAGAUUUAGAGUCACGUAUAGAAUAUCUACACUCCUUCCUCGACUUCAGUUCUCGCGACAUCGAGGCUCUGACCCACGGCGCAAAAUACAUACAAGCGCUGAUACCCGCGGUCGUAAAUAUUGUCUACAAAAAGCUUCUGCAAUACGACAUAACGGCUCGUGCCUUCACCACUCAUACAACAGCAUCGUCGCUCCCCAUACCGGACUCAUUGUCGGAAUCUGCACCCAUCAUCCAGCAUCGCAAGCUCUUCCUACGCGCGUACCUCACGAAACUCUGCAGCGACCCCACCCAAUUGGAAUUCUGGAGUUACUUGGAUAGUGUGGGCAAGAUGCACAACACACAAGCGCUGCGCGUGGAAUAUAUACAUAUUGGUGCGACGCUGAGUUUCAUCCAAGAUGUGUUGACGGAGGCAAUACUAGAGCAUCCUAGAAUGAGCAUGCAAAGGAAAGUGGGGCUUGUCAAGGCGCUGAGCAAGGUUAUCUGGAUACAGAAUGAUCUGUUCGCGAAAUGGUAUGUGAGGGAUGGGGAAGAGUUCGAGGAUGAAGAUGUGUUGGUGCCAGAAGUGAGGGAGGGAGAAGGAUGCCCGUUCAAGGCAAUGGGGAUGGAAGACAUGAAGUCGCCGUUGAGGCAUGACUUGCAGGUAGAUGAGAGAGAUGGUAAUGCCGUGGGCGUCCGGACAAAAUUACCAGCAUGACAAAGCCGAUUGUAAGCAGCAAGUUGUUGACAUUGGGAACAGCUACCAGACAAAGAAAUGGUACAGUGUAUAAUUUGAUUGAAUUUGCAAGUCUGCGGGCAUGGUGCAUUUAGGCGUUGCAUUAGUUUGGCUUAGUCUACCAUGAACAUCAGAAGCAGUGAACC